AUGAACGCGACAACAAACUUUUUGAAGUGUUGACGCGCAGUUUGAUUGUAUAUCUCGAAAUAGAAAAUGGUUGAAGGGCCGGGAUGCACAUUAAACGGAGAGAAAAUCCGCUUAAAAGUCCAGAGAGGACAGAAAGUGAAAGAGAUCAGAGGCAGUAUGACAACAUCAGCCAAAAAAAGCUCCGAGACAAACGCUUUCCACUAUUUUUGUGGCUGCCAGUACACCGGUGUGGAAACCCUGGGAAAGGAGCUCUUCAUGUACUUUGGUCUACGAGCUUUAAGAGUUCACUUUGGAAUGAAUGGAUCAUUGCGUAUAAACCCCGAUGAGAGGAGGACUGGGAAGGACUCCGCUCCCGUGCUGGAAAUACACCUUACCCACGACAUAGUGUGCUUCUUUGACAGCACAGUGGAAAUAAGGUUAACAGAGGGCUGUGAGCAGAGGGUUAGGGCCAUGGAGAGUCUAGAUAUAUGCUCCUCCAAGUUCAGCUUCUCCCGCUCAGAGGAAGCAGUGAGGAGCCAGAGUAGCAGGAUGCUUUGCGAUGUUCUCCUUGACCAAGCCGUCAUGCCGGGAGUCGGAAACAUCAUUAAAAACGAAGCCCUGUUUGACUCUGGCCUUCACCCAGCCGUGAAGGUUCAGCAGCUGACAGGCGAACAGAUUCGCCACUUGGUGAAAAUGACUCGUGAUUUCACUCUUCUGUUUUACAAGUGUCGCAAAUCUGGCUCUCCUCUCUACAAACAUUACAAAGUCUACAAGCGUCCCCAGUGUGGCCAGUGUUUUCAUGUCAUCACAGCCUGUCGGCUUGGAGAUAACGGCAGGAUGACUUACUUCUGCGAGCAUUGUCAGAAAGGAGAUCCCAGCAGUGUGAACAUCAGUAAGCUUCCAGUCAGGAACAGUCUGAUUGGUUGGACCCAUAACAACAGAACCAGUGAUAAUGUGGCUAAGAAAGAAGAGGAGGACUGGGCCUGUCAACUCUGCACACUCAUCAACCAGCCAACAGCAACAGCGUGUGAUGCCUGCCUCACUCCAAGACCCAAGGUCCACACAGAUGACAUUAGCGCUGAAGCAUCACCCUUCACCACUGAUUUGAUUAAAUAUCCCUGCACUGCCUUCAAGAAACCACAAGAGGAGCUCAAAGUCAACUGGAGGUCUGCGUUUGGGACUUCCACCCUUGUUUUCUCUGACUUAAGCAAGAAGCCAAAGUCUGCAAAAGUCCCGCUUUCCCAAGCCGACAGUCAUUUGAAUUCCUUGGCGGCAGAAGAAGGUUUAUAUAAAUACAGUGUUUGCCAAGGGACAACAAGCCCCAAUUAUGCCUCUGGUGGCUGGCAGAAGCAAAGAGCCGAGCUCUCCGAUGGGGAAUCACUGGCCUCCUACAGUCACCCAUCCAAGAAAAUGAGAAUUGAUCACAGUCCCUUUCCCAGUAACAAUGCUCAAAAUGGAGCCCCCAACUCAGGUACCCACAAAAUGGAAGCGACAAGCCGUGCAACCUCCAUGCCUCUCAGUCCCAGUGCCCCUUGCUGUGCAUCCCAUCGUCGCCCAGCUGUCCUCAGAGUGGUCCACAAGGAGGGGGAGAAUAAGGGACGACAGUUCUACUCCUGCUCACUACCCAGAGAGACUAAGUGCAACUUCUUUGAGUGGGCAGACUUGCACUUCCCUUUAUGUCACCACGGGAAACGCUGUUUAAUGAGGACUGUUCUGAAACUAGGACCCAACAAUGGCCGGAAUUUUUACACCUGCAGCUUUCAAAAGGGUAAACAGUGUGGCUUUUUCCAGUGGGCUGAGAACAGACUUGGGGUUUCCAUCCUACCCGGUUGCUAAUGUCUUUGAUUGCUCCUAAAUUAAACCCCUGAAUCGAGUGUUUACGAAAAAAAUAGCUUGAUACAGAAACAGGGUGGAUAUAUAGUGGAUAUAGAUGUGUUUCCAAUUAUUUUGUAUUCUAUGUUCACCUUUUAAUAAGACAUUGUUUUUAAAUGUAAAUGAAUCCAAAAAGGCAAAAGCAUAA